AAGUUCCCAAGAGUCCCUGAGCGAUGAUCCUGCUUGUAAAAGACCAAAAAAUGAGAUUGAGGUUACACCAAGUGGUAUAGCUGCCUUGGAUAAAAGCUUAACAUUUCCUAAACAAAUGGGUUCAGUCCCAAGCGCUUAUCAGAGUCGACCCUACAGUGAAGCUUCAGUAUCUGUCCCCCCUGCAGACUGUGAUCCCAUGCCUAAUCAUGAGAAGUCACGGCCCACAGCCGAAGCGUGUCCUGAAAAGGAUAGCUUGUCAACAGGGGUUGCCCAGGACCAACAAAAGACAACACUACGGCAAGAUCUAACUAGAUCUUUGUUGAAAGACUUGCAGUUCCCCUUGAUGCUGACAAGGCCUUCAGCUUCCAGGUCGAGUGCUCCGUUUCAAAAACGUAGAAGCUGUAACUUUAAUCUGUUGCUUCAGCCCAAAAUCCCAAACCAACCUAGUUGUCCUGAGCGUCUCUAUAGAACAGCUAACUCCAGUGGCUGUAAUCCACAAGUAGAAAAUGAGGCUAUGCCUUUAGGAGGGGAGAUAUCUUCAGAAAACAACAACAUGACACCUAUGUUAAAUAUCACAGGCACAUCUCGCAAUAGCUUAAUUUUUCCACCAUAUCCGAUGAGCC